AUUCAGUCGUCAACUAACGCGCCACAUCUCAAUCAAAACACCUCGACGAGCAGGAGCGGCGCCCUCGAAACAGCGCUCCAUGGCACAAGCCACUCCGAGCCGGCAGUAUGGUCUGCAGCUGCCCCCAUAUACUAGCGGUGCGGUUGAUCCUACCUACGGCUGCAGUCUUACUUCAAGUCCCCGCCGCUCUGUUCUUGGAACUUUACUCGGGCAACGCGUAUCGAUGGUCGGUGGCGAAGCUACGCAAUCAGCAGAUGAUGCCGGUGUAGAUCGAAUUGCUAGCACUCCUCUGCAUGAGAAGCAAAAGUAUGUUUCCUCUCGCCCUCCACUCACGCCCACGGCCGAUCAAGUUGCCAUGUCAAUGCUCAAUCUAAUGCGGACUCCCCACACAGCCGUGUCCCAGACGCAGUCCUUUUCUCUUCGAGAUGGACACAAAAUGACUGCCUCCUCAUUGGGUGACGACGAUGUGGACGAGUACCCAGACGCGGACUGUGCAUCGAUCGCUUCGAGCAACAUUGGAGUUGCAUUUUGGCCGGCAAGAUGCGCCGAUUCAGUCAUGUCAUCCACCUCUCUCCGAUCAAACACUCUGGAUCUAGGACCAUCUCACACGAAGGAUGGUGCGAACAACUUUCGAACCGCGCGCACUAGUUCACAACCCCCGGGCGUCAGAGACACUAAUUCUCGUCGUGGCCCAUUUGAUCGCAGUUCGGUUCUUUUGUCCGAGCGUGAUCUACACGGCCAACGGAAGAGCGUGUGUAGAUCCGUUUUGGCUGGUCUGAAAAACUUUCGCCGUUCCAUCGCUGGCGCGAGUAGCGCUUGGUUACACCGAACCAGCACCACUGCCUCUUUCGCAUCAUCCGCUUUGAAUCGCUCAGGUCGACAGGCGAGCACGAAUCUGCUUGCUUCUCCAGGUAUCCUCAAUCGCAGUGCCAGCGUCGAUGCCGCUGUGUGCGCUGACACAAUGCUUACCGCACCUUCCCCGCUCACUUCCGUCGGUGAUUUACGUGCGUCAACCAAUACGGGUUUGCAUCGACCUGCUCCGCUUGCUGAAACGGACCUAGAACUGGAUGCCGGGUCCCCCACUCCCCCUCUGUCACCCUUCACUCCUGGGCGUAGCUUGCGUCUUGCAUCUGCCGCGUCGAUUCCUCCAUUCAGCACCCAGUCUCCACUAACCGCUUAUCAAUCAUCCCAUGUGGACGAGCCCCGGGCGCUGUUUCCGCGUAGCAUGACCAUCAACGUGACAACCCAGGGACAAGUGACGACACCAAAUAGUCGCUCCCUACGCAACCUGUUCGGCGUAGCAUUACGCAACUCCGCAUGCAGUGGUAGCAGCAACUUGGUCCAUGCCACUUAUUCCAGCAGCCAAUCUUCACUGCCUUUAUUCCGCAAGAACGCUCCUCCCACACCACAACCGCCAAACGGACAACCGGUCGAGAUCGUUGUUGCCACGACAGAAGAGCCCUGCCAUUUGGAUCCCACUGAAACAUCGCCUUAUGGACGCCUGGGUGGUUCGAUGGUGAGUCUUACCAGCUGGGACAGCGUAUGCACGAUGGAUGUGCCGCAGACGUCCGAUGCAUUGACCGGCUUUUCGAACGCCCGCUUUUGGUCAAAACCCAGCAAACCAAAGGCAAGCACCGGCAGCGCUGUGUGGGAAACUGCUAGCCAUCUGGGAGUUAGUACGACCGAGGAGUCACGGCGCUCGUUUCGAUUACCGUUGAUGAAAAAUCACUCGAAAGACAACGAUGAGGUGAGAAAAAGGCACAAAAAGCGAGAGAAACGCAAACUCGGCCCCCUUGGUCACCUGUUCCAUCGGCCAUCCAGUACCACCAAUAUACUGCAGCAUAUCGAUACAAAUAGGAACGCAGCAGAUGUACCAGACGCGGAUAUCACGAUGACUCACUCUCGAUCAAUAAAGUCCAGUGCUUCACGUCGCGAGAGUCUGUUGCGGGGUAUCUUUUCACGAUGACUCUAUCUUCUCUGCUCCACUGUGGCAUACUUUCUUUUUGUAAUUUGCCAAAUCCUUUUCUACAUAACACCCUUUACCUUGCUCAAUCAUCCUAUGUUUCCUGCCCCAUCUCCACCUGUAAUCUCGAUAUACCUUCCUCCUCUAUGCAUGUCCCCUUCCACCUUUAGAUUGCUAGAUGGACUGACUGAUUGCUCAUCCAUCUGAGCUCAUCAUUUCUGAUUUGAGUAAGGUGCUCCAUAUGCUGGCACACCGCGGCUAGCUGAUUUUGCGGCAAAUGUGUUUUCAAUCAUCCGUCCCUAGGUCAUUGAUUUUUCUGCCAAAUGACUCGGCAAGUUUUCACUUCGUCUGGGCUUGGAUCUUGUAAAUUGCGACUCUGUACAACCAUAUUACAUACCGCAUUGUAGUUGUCAUACUAUGAACUGCUGGUGGGCGCAACAUGGCGACUGAAAUGCAGAGGUCACUCUGAACAACA